AUGAGCCGCCUCCCCCUCCGACACCUCACCACCUCCCGCCUCACAGCAUCAACCGCCGCCUCCCAAAUGCUCCAAACCUUCCACAACAAAUCCCUAACCCGCCGCCAAGUCCUCGACGCAAACCAACUCCACAAGCUCUCCCUCACACUCAACCGCAACAUCACCUCCCCUCCACCCAGCGGAACACCCAUCCCCCCCGCCCACCACCUCAUCUACUUCACGCCGUCCAGCCCAGAAAACGACCUCGGCCCCGACGGCACAGACCGCACCUUCAAUGCUCCCUCCCCAUUCACGCGACGCAUGUGGGCCGGCGGCAGGAUGUCCUGGACGGGUGAGCUGCGUGUCGGGGAUGAGGUAGAGGAACAGACGAGGCUGCUUAGCGCGACGGCUAAGAAGAGUAAAUCGGUGGGGGAGAUGGUUCUCGUGGAGGUGGAAAAGGAGUUUCGGGGCCCGAAGGGCGUGGUUGUUGAUACGAGGUCGUGGGUGUUUAGGCCGGAGAUUGAGACGGAUGUUGGUGAGAUUGUGCCGGGGGUGUUAUCUCGUACGCCGACUACUAUUGUUGAUAUCCCGGCGAAAGAUACAGGUGACUAUCCUAUACGGCAACUUAUGUGGUCGCCCGUGGGACUAUUUCGCUUUUCGGCACUUACUUUCAACGGACACAAGAUUCACUACGACGCAGGAUGGAGCCAGGGCGUUGAGGGACAUCCGGGUGUUGUUGUCCAUGGACCAUUGAAUUUGAUUAAUAUCAUGGAUUACUGGGGCGAUGUACAUGGGAAGACAUCACCGAGGAGUGUUACGUAUCGCGCAAUGGCGCCUCUGUACGCAGGGGACACAUAUACCAUACGGACGAAGGGUGUUUCCGACAGUGUGUUUGAUAUUGUUGCUGAGAAGCAAGGGACGGUGUGUAUGAAGGCACAAGUUACGGGGUAA